GCCGAGGCCGAGCCCAGCCCAGCAAUCUGGCGGGCCCCGUUGGAGACCGAGGCGGUCCAGUUGUUUAAGAAGGGGAUCCCGAGGCCCGGACGAGCAGAAGGAAACCCUAGCCGCCGUCGUCUUCCUCUUCGUCGUCCUCGAAGCCAUCUUCUGGUCUGUUGGUAGCUAUGGCGCUGCGCACCGUUGCCGCGAAGCUGAAGGCCCCCGUCGCCUCUCUCAAGCAGGCCUGGGCGGUCUGCCGUCCUCAGGCUAAGCACCCUUUGGAGGGCCUGAAUGUUGAUCCGCUCACCCUCCAGGAGAUGAAGGCCCUCGAGAGGGCCGUUAGGGCAGGCGAAAUGAAGCAGACUUUGGUUACCAUUGGCUUCAUGGGUGGUUUGACUGGUGCGGUUGCCCAUUUGCUCCAUUCAGACUUAGCUGCCCGUGAGGCGACGGCGGAGGCGGAGGCGGAGGCGGCGGUACGUGAGGUGCUUGAUUCGCUUGAUUCAGAUGUCAAUGCGGUUGGUACAAACAAAGACUAAGGCGCCCAAGGAAAUGGCGUUUGGUUAGCCUCGCUGUUAUGUGCGUUAAUUUUAAGCUGGUGCGGAUGUCUUAUAUGUUUAACUACUCGGUAUUUGGCUUGUGGCAAGAGUACUAUUUAUGACUGGGUAGUCUGUGGAUUCAUCCGAGUAAUCUCUGAUAAUAUUGAGGUUUCAUCUGUGUAAUAUGUUAUCUAAGCAAAGGGUCAAGCGUUUUGUCA